UGAGCAACUCCCAAAAAAACACCGCUGACGACCAAUGGCGUCAGGCCACGAAGUCCAAGUGAAGCUCUCCUCCGCCAGAGACCUCAAGAACGUGAACUGGAGACACGGCCCCCUCAAGCCGUACGCCGUUGGGUGGGUCGAGCCGAGGAACAAGCUCUCCACCAAGGUGGACGAGGAUGGCGACACGUCGCCCGAAUGGGACGAGACGCUGACAAUCCCUAUCCCCGGUCCUGUCAACGACGACACCAUGCUCCACAUCGACAUCGUCCAUGCCGGAGCUGAGCCCGACACCAAACAGCUGGUGGGAUCUGCUCGGCUCCGGCUCCGCGACGUUGUCGAUGACGUCGGAUAUGAAGAACGCGCCAGCCGCACUCUUCACCUCAAAAGGCCUUCCGGUAGGCCACAGGGAAAGGUGGACGUCAAGGUUACAGUGAGGGAGCCGCGCUAUCGUGUGCCGGAGCCGUAUUAUGUGCCGCCUUAUGGGGUUCCACCGGCAGGCUCUGGAGGUUACCAUGCUCCACCACCACCGCCGGCUUAUGGCGACCCAUACGCCGCACCACCACAGCCUCCGCCGGUGUAUGGUGGAACGUACGCUGCACCGCCUUCCGGGUAUCCCUACAAUGCGACUCCGGUGGCGUACAGUCAGCCAGCUCAGCCAAGUUAUGGUCAAGUGCAGUACGGGCAGGAGGAGAAGAAGAAGAGCAAGUUUGGUGGGAUGGGAACGGGAUUGGCUGUGGGGGCGGUAGCGGGGGCGCUGGGUGCAUUUGCGUUGGCUGAGGGUGUUGAUUAUGUAGAGGACAAAAUUGCAGACGACGUGGUGGAUAAUCUGAGCUACUAUGAUGGCGAUGACUUCUAAGUUGUUGAUGGGGGAGUUGAGAGACGAAGAGUCCAGUAGCCAGUGACUCAUUUUGACGUGGGUUGCAUGCAUAUGUG